AUGCAUUCUGCUGCCUGCCUGCCUGCGUCUGCGCUCUGCCUGCUGCUGCUCCUCCUCGUCCUCUGUGUCUACUUCGAAUAUACAUGGGCGCCGCCCAACAGCGCACCCGCCCUCCCCGCCGUUGCCACCUGCCACGUCAUCAUAGCAACCGCGCAACACGGUGACACGAGCUGCAGCGCUGUCAGAGGACAGCGGCAGUCGCGGCAGCGGCUGCCCCCAGCCUGUCUCCCCUCCAUCCCAUCGACUCUGAAUGACAUCUGCAGGAGCGAGUCAGUGAACAGCGACGAUGGACAAAUCACCGACUCACCUCAACAUCCAGACCUGCCCUCCACCUCUCCCUCAUGCUUGACGACGCCACGAAUCUGGAGGGAGCUCAAUAAGCAGAGAAAGAGGGCUCGGGGGCGGGCACCCACCUGCGCAGAGUCCGCAACCCUCAAGACCGCGUUGAGGAAGAUGGGAGUCAAGAGCAAAACGCGAAGUCCCAACUCCCACGGACGGCGCCGAUUUUCCACCGCCGCGUGGCGCCCAUCGCGUGCAGGUCGCGUGUUGCGUGCCGCCGCCGUGCCGGGCAGCGUCCGGGACGAGUUCGGGAACGUUCCACGGUGGGAACUCGAGCAAACUCGGUGGCGCGCUCUUGGAAACGCAGCAUCUCUGUGUAUGCUAUCCCUCUGUCCGUAUCCGGGGAUCGGCGCCGUAGCAACUGGCAGGGAUAGCCAAGCCGUUGGUAUCGGAGCGGACACGAAGGCGGAUAAAGAUGCGCGCCGACAACAGAGACUUCAGGGCGGCUGUUUCGACUAG